AUGUCAAGUGCCUUCAAUCCCAACCUCAACAGAGAAAAAGGCCUCUCUUUGCUAGGGUACCACCUGUGCAACUACACCCUGACCAAAAGUGUGCUUAAAAUGGUCGCCUACCAAAAGUCCUAUGAGAAGAAGGCAUCCUGUGGAGUGUGGAUCCCCUGGAUGGUGUGUCCCCAGACACACCACAGAACAGAGUUCCACAGUGUUGAAGUCCCUGAGACCAUCACUGUCACAGAUUGCUGUGAAGGAUAUGAACAAGUUGGACUCUACUGCUCUCUAGCACUCAAUAGAUCCAGUGUAUUUGCCUCAAGACCUGGUAUUUGUCCAGUGAAGGAUAUGGAAACAUUUGAUUAUCCUUGCAUGUUCGACACUGAAUGUCCAGGGCUGAAAAAAUGCUGCAGCUCAUCCAAAGGAGCAGGCUGUGUGGAUCCCAUGCCAGAGGGGAGGAUGUUCUGGUACAACGUGACAGUGCUUGUGAAAAUGGAUUUCAGUGAAUUGAUCCGGGUGGAUUCCCACCUUCUGAAUCAUUCCCACCUCUUGCACUCCGUGAUCACUGGUGCACUGCAGCCCCUGAAUGCCUCUGUGCACCACAUCCAGAGUAACCAUGGGGACAUCUACGCUGGGACAGUGGCCUCCCAGCUUCUCCUGGGCCUGCAGCAUCCAGCUCCUCUGGCAGAGGUCUCCUCCUCCCUGAAGGCCAUGGUGAAGCGCGUGUAUGAAGUGAUUGACACACAAGUGCAAGAUGUCAAUGAAUGCUCCUAUGCUGAAUUCAAUGCUUGCCCUGAGAAAAGCAACUGGGUGAACCUGGAGGGCUAUUACAGCUGCCACCCCCAGCACGGACAUGCCACUGUCACCCCUCACUGGCUGAGCCCAAGGAAGGAAGGAGUCACCUGCAGGAAUUUCUGGUGCAUGAGUGCCCCUUCUCCUCCUGUUGGGAGAAAAUGCCACAUACACCUGUUACCUAUUUCUGAUGGAAAUGCAGAGCAUUGUACAUCUACUCCAAGUUCAGUAAAUGCUGUUAGCACUGGCAGUAGCUCUCCUUCUGUGAGGAAAUCAAGUCUCUUGUCCAUAACCAACCAAUCUACAGAUGCUGAGUGCUAUCCCUCUGCAGUUACAAACCAUCAGAUCCUCAGCAUUACCAGCAGCAGCUUUGAAAUGUCCUGGCUUGUCAGUUCCACUCUGAACCACACUUUCCAUGUCCGGGUGGCCAAGGGCAAUGACACUGUGCAAAGCCUGAGGACUGAGGAAAGGCAGGUGGAUGUGUCUCACCUGGAAGCAGGUGUGAUGUAUUCAGUAGAGAUCAGCUAUGAAACUUGUAGGAAAACCAUUAUCUCCCAUCAAAAUGUUAAAACAGAGGCCAAGCUAUUUGAUGUUACUAUGAGGAUUCUCAACUACAACUUCACUGAUGAUUUCCAUAAUUCCAGCAGCUCAGCAUAUGAGGAAUUUUCAAGGAUUUUGCUUACAGAGCUUGAAAAGUCAUUCCCACCCAACAUUUCUGCCUUGUACACAUCUGGGAAGCUGAAAGUGCAGAUUGAAUCCCUGGCAGCAGGAAGCAUCAUUGUGAGGCUCAGAAUCACCAUGCAGGAUCCCGAGUUUCCAGUGGAUGCCUCCACAUUUGCCCCAGUGCUUUCCUACCUGCACAAUGGCUCUGUGCUAGAGGUGGAUCAGCAAAACACUGCAGUAGAAGACUGGGAUGAAUGUGCUUCCCAAGCUGAGAAUGACUGCUCAGUGUUAGCAGAGUGCAUCAAUUUGAUGGGCUCCUACAUGUGCAGGUGCAAGACAACCAUGGAUACCAACCCAUCCCGACCUGGAAGGAACUGUGAGGGUGAGAUUGUGGAUCCUCUCACCGAAACCGUGGCUCCUGAAAUAAAAACCAGCAUGGACUUGGCUCCUGAGGAAGCCUUCCAGAAACUUAGUGGCACAGUUCGGAUAACAAACACAGAAUAUUCUCCAGGCUUUAACAAUAACAGCAGUGAGGAAAAUCAAACCUUUGCACAGCUCUUUGUUGCUGAAGUGCAGAAAUCUCUGCCCCUUGAGGUGCUGCAGCAGAUGGAUGCUGGUCUGAUUCAAGUGCUGGUAACUGGUGUUACUAAUGGGAGCACAGUGGUAAGUUUCAGUUUGCUGCUUGCAGAAGAAGUGGAUGCCCACCAUGUCAUCAGCACUUUUUGUGAGGCCUUGGAACACAGCUCCUACUUCACCAUGGACAGGAGCAGCCUCUCCACACACGCACUUCCCUUCAGCCAGAAGGCAACAGUGACAGAUAAGAAACCUGUGAACAGCACAAUUUUACCUGUGACAUCUCUGCAAACUUCAGCUCAUGUUUCCUCCCUUGUUUCACUGGACUUUUCUCCUGCUGAGCACAAAGCUCUGGAGCACCCCAUGUUCUCCAGCACAGGGCUGAGUCUUCUCACCAUGGAUCCCAUGGCAUCUCCUGAUGUUUCUCCUCAAGCAUCUCCAGCCCCCCUGGUCAAACCCACCCAAGAGGUUUCCAUUAAAGAUGCUGUGAGUGUGUUUUGUGAGAUUGAGAGGAUUGUCCUUGCCAUCCAGAAGAGGUUCCUGCAGCAGGAGUCCAUCCCAGAGAGUUCCCUGUUCCUGGGGGAGCCUGGCUGCAAUGUGAGCACCAGCAAUGGCACCCACGUCGUGCUGCAGGCGGGCUGGAGCGACUGUGGCACCCAGCUUGAGACCAACAUGACUACUACAGUGGUGAGAACCACCCUUUGGAACGAUGUUUCUGCUCAGGGAAUAAUCCACCACUUGAACAUUGCCAGUCCCAUCUACUGUGUGUUUCAAAAUGAGAUCUUGACUUCCUCUGGGUUCACUGCAGAAGGACUUUACUCCAUCUUUGAGGAUUUGCAUGGACCUGGAUACUUCAGAACAGAAAUGCAGUUGUUCAUUGGGAGCUCCCCAGUGCCCCGAAAUUUCAGUGUCUCUGCCAGUGAGGAUGUGCUGAUGGAGGUGGGGAUGCAGAGGGCAGACAGCCAGCUCAAGGUGGUUCUCACUGACUGCUGGGCCACUCCAACCAACAAUUCAGUGGAUCCCCUGCCAUUUGUUUUCAUCAGCAACAGCUGCCCCAUCCCAAAUACUUACACCACGCUGGUGGAAAAUGGGAAUUCGAGCAAAGCUCAGUUUAAGAUGAAAAUUUUCUCCUCUGUCAACAACUCUGUGGUUUACUUACACUGCAGAAUUCGUAUUUGUGUGGAGUCGCCAGUAAGCACCUGCAGGACUAGGUGCCACGCAAGGCCUCGAAUCCUGAAGGCUGGAGAAACCAUCUCCCUGCACAGAACAUCCUGGGGACCCCUGUGGAAAUCAGCUGGUGACCCUCCUGCAAAGGAGGCUGGAAUGGGAAUUGGAUCCAUCAUCCUCAUAGCCCUUGCUGUGCUUGGUUUUGUGCUGGGAGUUGUGACCCUGCUCAUUUUCCAGUACCAGCGAAAGACAGGAAGAUGCAACCUCAGGAUCAAGUCUGACAACUUCAGCUACCAAGUGUUCUAUGAUUAG